UCCAAUAUGAAGGUCUUCAGUCGAUGCGAGAGAGAAUUCAUUCUCAGAGCCAUUAGAGAGGGUCAGAGAUUAGACGGCCGUAAAACGUACGACUACAGAGACAUCAAAGUACAGUUUGGCGUAGAGAGGGGCCACGUCGAGGUGCACUUGGGGUCGACCCGAGUGUUGGCGCAAGUUUCUUGCCAAACCGCGAAGCCACAACCCAACAGACCAUCAGAAGGACAAUUGUUUGUGAACGUCGAGUUGUCUCCAAUGGCCAGUCCAUCAUUCGAACCAGGACGGCUCUCCGAACAAACAGUUGAAAUCAACCGGCUAUUGGAACGUGUUCUGAGGGAGUCACGAGCUGUCGACACGGAGUCUCUUUGUAUAGUAGCAGGAAAACUAGUCUGGACGAUUAGAGUCGACAUCCACGCACUCGAUGAUUGUGGAGAUCUAAUCGGCUGUGCCUCUAUUGCAGCCAUAAUUGCGUUGGUUCAUUUUCGGCGGCCUGACGUGUCUGUGUCGGGUGAAGAUGUUACAAUACAUUCCCCGGAUGAGAGGAAUCCUGUGCCGCUCAGUGUGCAUCACAAACCGAUUUGUGUGUUGUUUGCGUUUUUCGAUAAUGGUGCCUAUCUGUUGUGCGAUCCAGGAUACAAGGAAGAGGCGGUUAUGGAUGGUCAUGUUGUAGUGGCAAUGAACAAGCAUCGGGAGCUGUGUUGUAUGCAGUUGGGUGGGGGCGUGGCACUUUUACCAGAUCAGAUACUUCGAUGUACGAGUAUUGCUAGUGUGAAGGUUAGGGAGAUAAUGGACGUGAUGGAAGCAGCUCUGUUAAGAGAUGAGCGAGUGAGGAGAGGAGAGACAGUUUGUAUGGAAACGGAUGACGUCGAGCUUAUUACAAAGUCUAAAAUUGAUCCAGUUAGUAUUGAUACCGUUGAUGAAUCAGUUGUGGUACGACCAGGUGUAAUAACGGAUAAUGGAUGUGAUGAGAAACGAGUGAUUGUGUUGGGAAAUGGAACGGCAGCAAUAGGACAAGGAGGAGAAAGCCAGUGGGACAUUGAAGACGACGGUGAUGGUGAUGUCUGUUAUGAAACUGAGGAAAAGGAGAUUACCGAAAGAAUAGCAAAGAAAGAAAAUGCGAAGAAGGUGAUCUCCACUGUUGAUGCUCAUCAUGAGAGUGUAAGUGAGGAGGAGGAUGUUGUCAUGUUGACUGGUGAAGAUAUUAGUGGUAGGAAAGCUGUGGUUAACGAGAAGACAGACGGAACAAUUGACUUGACUUUUGCUUUGAAAAAGAAGAAAGAUAGACAAGCAAAGAAAGCGAAACGACAUAAACAAAAGGCAGGAAAUCUGACGAGCAAAAAGUAAGGGGCACACAAAUUUAUAGAAUCAGUAAACGUUAUAUUCGGCUUUCUCUGUCUGGUCACUUAUUAUUUGGUGCGUAUUUUUAAUAAAUGUCACUAUACUCUGUA